AUGCUGCGCUGGAACGAGAAAUACGGCAUCAAAUUCAUGAGGCUCAGUUCGGAGAUGUUUCCUUUUGCUAGCCACCCGGAGCAUGGUUACAGUCUCACUCCAUUCGCAAAAGAAGUGCUGGCCGACGCUGGAAAGGUUGCCACAGAGCUCGGACACCGAUUAACAACUCAUCCAGGACAGUUUACUCAGCUAGGUUCCCCACGGAAGGAGGUCAUCACUGCUGCUGUUAGAGAUCUCGAAUAUCACGAUGAGAUGCUUUCACUGCUCAAGCUAUCGCCUCAGCAGAAUAGAGAUGCUGUGAUGAUCCUACAUAUGGGCGGCACUUACGGCGACAAGAUGGCCACCCUCGAUCGCUUUCGGACAAAUUAUUCAAGUCUGUUGUCAGACUCCAUCAAGCUUCGGCUAGUCCUCGAAAAUGAUGACGUUGCCUGGUCCGUCCACGACUUGCUGCCUAUUUGCGAGGAACUCAAUAUACCUCUCGUCCUAGAUUAUCACCAUCACAACAUUAUAUUUGAUGCCGACAAAUGCCGAGAAGGUACAUACGACAUCAGCCAACCAGAGAUCAUGGAGCGAAUCUCAGCAACAUGGAAACGAAAAGGAAUCACGCAGAAGAUGCACUACAGCGAGCCGUGUGCUGGCGCGACCACACCUCGCGACCGUAGAAAGCACUCGGCGCGUGUCAUGACCUUACCGCCAUGUCCACCAGACAGCGAUCUCAUGAUCGAAGCAAAAGAUAAGGAGCAGGCCGUUUUUGAGCUGAUGAAGAAUUUCAAAUUACCUGGUUACGACAGGAUCAACGAUGUUGUGCCAUACGAAAGAUUAGACGAAAAUAGACCCCCUCCACCAGACAAGAAUAAAAAGGUCAAAACACCUCGCAAGAAAUCUAAAGCCGCAGACAAUGGGGAAGAUCAAAACGGCGCCAGCGGUGAUGGCGUUGAUCUCAUAGAGUCCUCAGCGAGGAAACAGCUUGAGAUUAGUGCUGAGGAUUUUGCGAUGGGAGGACCUUCUAGUCGGGUUUACUGGCCGGUGGGCAUGGAGGACUGGUUGAGACCGAAGAAGAGAGAAAAGAAGACAACAAUUAAUGAAGGAACCAAGAUGUAG